AUCAUCUUCUUCUUCCUCAAGAAGAGAGAAUUAAAAUAUCUCUGUAGAGUAAAAGCUUCACUUACUCAAAUCAAUGGCUUAUUCUCCUUCUUCUAUAAUCAUCUCCAUGUUCAUUAUUACAAGCUUAAUGAUGGGCUCCGCAUUCUCUACUAAGUUUAACGAUCUCUUUCAACCAUCUUGGUCCCUUGACCAUUUCGUCUAUGAAGGAGAAACUCUAAAAAUGAAGCUUGAUAACUAUUCUGGCGCUGGAUUUUCAUCAAAAAACAAGUAUAUGUUCGGUAAGGUAACCGUUGAAAUCAAACUUGUAGAAGGUGACUCUGCCGGAACUGUCACUGCUUUCUACAUGUCCUCAGAUGGUCCGAGUCACAACGAGUUCGAUUUCGAGUUCUUGGGAAACAGCACAGGAGAACCUUACCUGGUUCAAACCAAUGUAUAUGUAAAUGGGGUUGGUAACAGAGAGCAAAGGUUAAACCUUUGGUUUGACCCCACAAAAGAUUUUCACUCUUACUCCAUUUUCUGGAACCAGCGUCAAGUUAUAUUUUUGGUUGAUGAAACACCGGUGAGGGUACAUACAAAUCUUGAACAUAGGGGAAUACCAUUUCCAAAGGAUCAACCAAUGGGGGUUUACAGUUCAAUUUGGAACGCAGAUGAUUGGGCAACUCAGGGUGGGCGUGUCAAAACAGACUGGACCCAUGCCCCUUUUAUAGCAUCUUACAGAGGAUUUGCUAUCGAUGGUUGUGAGUGUCCAACCAGUGUGGUGGCGGCUGAGAGCCAACGGCGGUGUUCUAGCAGCAAUGAAAGACGGUUUUGGUGGGAUCAGCCAACAAUGGCGGAGCUAAAUCUACAUCAGAAUCAUCAGCUUUUGUGGGUACGGGCAAAUCAUAUGGUUUAUGAUUAUUGUGUUGAUACUAACCGUUUUCCAACUAUGCCGGCGGAAUGUGAACACCACCGACAUUGAUGUUUGUUUUUAAUAAUAGGACAUGAACUCCAUGUUUUGUUUAAUAUAUGAUAUGAUGCUACUAAUUCUAUUAAUAUCUUACUUACUUUUCC